AUGGCUAAUUCAAAGGAAAGAUGCUUUAUUGACCCCUAUUUAGCGUUGCCACCUUGUAACAUCCUAGUCAGUGGGCGGACUGGGGGGCCGCGCAGCCUGCGGACGGUGCGCUUCCCGAACGACGUGCUCUUUCUGGAUCACAUACGACAGGGCGACCUGGAGCAAGUGGGGAGGUUUAUCCGAGCCCGGAAGGUGACGUUGGAUACAAUCUACCUGACAGGUAUGGGUGCGCUGCACGAAGCCGUCCUCUCUGGGAACCUAGACUGUGUGAAGCUGCUGGUGAAAUACGGAGCGGACAUAGAGCAGAGGGAUGAAAACGGCUGGACCCCCUUACAUAUGGCCUGUAGUGAUGCCCAUCCGCACAUUGCCAGGUACCUGCUUUCAAUUGGCGCAGAAAAAGACGUUGUGAACAGCGAUGGAGAGAAGCCCUGUGAACUGAUAGACUCAGACUGCGAGGAGCUAGUGCAGCUUUUCUCCACUAAGGAGGGCGACUGACCGACCUCUGAUCCGGGGGGGGCGUUCAUAUCCUCUGCUGAUCCUUCAAGGUGAGAGGACGCAGACUGCAGAGAUUUCUUUUCCGCGUUCUCACCUUCUAAAUCUAUCUCUCACGCCUGAGGAGUUUUGACAGUCACCAAAAUUACUGGAAAGGUCGGCAUGGUGACCGAGCAGAACUUAUCUUUACCGCCCCAAGGGAAAGGCCUGUUUGGCCGGGCGACCAUCGGCGGACUUCUCACCGGUGCGAACGCGGCUCUUCCUGGAGGCGCUAAACAUCAGGACAAGUGACAUCACUCUGUGUAUGAUUGUGAAGUGUCCUGGAAUGUACAUACAUUUAUGUAUAUAUAUAUAUAUAUAUAUACACAUGUGUUUAAGUAGUGUAUGACUUCAUUUUACAUAAACAGGUUCAGCACUGGAUAGAAUAUAUUCAGAAAAGUCCUGGGACCCCUAACCGGCCGUGGUCAUGAACUCUAGACACCAGAACGGAGCAGCCAGAGGUAUCACCUUCACGUCUAUGGUGGGGAUCCAAUGAGUCAAUGUAAUCUUUGGAAUCAUACAUACAAGAGCAUACUCACCGCUAAGGCCGGGUUCACACCGC